AGGGAGUGUUAUAGUUUGGUCUAACUAUAUAAAGCUUGGCAUUUGCUUUUUGUGUUUUACCCAAAGGAGAGGGAAGAAAAAAUAAAGGGAUUGGUGGAUUUAAUAAGAGGAAACAGCCACAAAGGAAGGGGCUGAAAGAAGAAAAAGAAUCAUCAUCAUCAUCAUCCAUGAGAACUCGAACAGGCUUAUCUUACCCUCAACUUCAACCAAACACCUUGUCUUCCGACAACCAUCAUCGGAAAAGAACACACUAUGUCGCUGCCGACCGCCCCUUUUGCCGGAAAAGGAAUAAGCUCUCUUCCGACACCAAAAUACCCACCGCCGAUUUAUUCGAUUCCUUGCCGGACGACCUCAUCAUUUCUAUUCUCUCUAAUCUCAGCUCCGCUGCUUCUUCCCCCUCCGAUUUCAUCAAUAUCUUGCUAACAUGCAAAAGAUUAAACAGUUUAGGACUUAAUCCAAUGGUAUUAUCAAGAGCUUCUCAGAAGACUUUCGCAAUUAGGGCACGGAACUGGACGGAAUCGGCUCACCGGUUUCUGAAACAGUGUUCCGAUGCCGGAAAUGUCGAGGCCUGUUAUACACUUGGCAUGAUUCGUUUCUACUGUUUGCAAAAUCGGGGCAGCGGAGCGUCGUUGAUGGCGAAGGCGGCGAUUUGUUCCCACGCGCCGGCUCUUUACUCACUUGCCGUCAUUCAGUUUAACGGCAGCGGUGGAUCCAAAAACGAUAAGGACCUCCGUGCCGGAGUCGCGCUUUGUGCUCGUGCGGCGUUUCUGGGCCACAUCGACGCCCUUAGGGAACUUGGUCAUUGCCUUCAAGACGGUUACGGCGUUCGCCAGAACAUAACGGAGGGUCGACGGUUUCUUGUUCAGGCAAACGCGCGUGAACUCGCCGCCGUGUUGUCGUCGGAGGCGGCUUCUUCCGUCGCUGCAUCGCGCUCGUGUCUCACGUGGAGCAUUCAUCCUCCUCACCAUCGGCACAUUACGGGCUCGGGAUGUCCGUUGUUAAGCGAUUUCGGUUGCAAUAUUCCGGCGCCGGAGGUUCAUCCGGCGAGUCAGUUUUUGGCGGAGUGGUUUGAGGCACGAGGGGGGUCGCCUGGGCAUGGUCUGAGGCUGUGUUCGCACGUGGGGUGUGGACGGCCGGAGACGAGACGGCAUGAGUUCCGUCGGUGUUCCGUUUGUGGUGCCGUUAACUACUGCUCACGUGCGUGUCAGGCGCUGGAUUGGAAACUCCGUCACAAGAUGGAUUGUGCUCCGGUGGAACGUUGGCUUGAUGAAAACGGUGACGGUGGGGCCGAUGGGGCCGAUGUUAUCAUGGACGAAAGUUAAAAAAAAAAAAAUCAAAAUAAAAAAAAGAAAAAAGAAAAAACACGAGAGUUGACGGUGACGACUGCCGUUACUAAACGUUGGCGGCUUCUCGUAAUUUUAGUCGACGAGACGUAAAAGUAAAGGGAGAGAAUAAAAAGGAAAAAGAAAAAAAAGAAAGGCCAAUUUUCUUUUAAGAUA